AUGGCCGAUCGACGCAACUGGAAUUGGAGAAGAAUGUCGAGUGUUCCAAGCUUUGAUCUGUUUCUUUAUGUGGGCGGUUAUUGGUCAGAGGAAGGUUUAUAUCAUGGUGGAGAGUCACAUAUGGUGGGUACAAUAGCUGAAGACGGUUUUAGCUUAAGUGCGGUAUGUAUGUAUGUGAAAGAACUUUACGGGUAUGAUGACAACAUGAGCAAGGUGUCAUGGUUUCCACCAGAAACGCCUCACAAGAAAGAAGACAUAGAAGGUGAUGAGAUGUUAAGAAGAAAAGUGCUUCAUUAUGCUUUGGGUUCAGGAGCGAUGACUUUGUAUGUGGUUAGGGAAGACGAUCCGUAUAUUGGGAGGCAUUUAGAUUCAGAAGCAGAGGCAGGUUCAGAGGCAGAGGCUGAUGACCGGCAAGAAAAAGAAGAACAAGAACAAGAUCAGAAUGUGUUUAAUGAAAGUAGUAGCGACAGUGAUUUGGCUAAUGUUGUAGCACAAGUUGAUGAGAGCAAAUAUCAAAAGUUUAGGUUGGGGCAAGAGUACAAGUCAAUUGAGUCUUUCAAGAGUGCUAUAACUCGAUAUGCAGUGAGAAAGAGAAGAGACCUUAAGUAUGAGAAAUCAUAUAAACAAGUUCACAUCUCACACGAGUCGCCUUUUAUCGAGCAAAAUUCUCACCAAAAUCAAAGAAGAGCCGAGAAGAGAGUGAAAGCAAUUCUUGUCAGCCGUACCACAAUCUUCUCGCCUGAAGGUCGUCUCUACCAAGUCGAGUACGCGAUGGAAGCCAUCGGAAACGCCGGUUCCGCGAUCGGAAUCUUAUCCAAAGACGGUGUAGUCUUGAUCGGCGAGAAGAAAGUCACCUCGAAGCUCCUCCAAACCUCAACCUCCACCGAGAAAAUGUACAAGAUCGAUGACCACGUCGCAUGUGCCGUGGCUGGUAUAAUGUCCGACGCCAACAUACUCAUCAACACGGCUCGAGUCCAAGCUCAACGAUACACUUUCAUGUACCAAGAGCCCAUGCCGGUCGAGCAGCUGGUUCAGUCUCUCUGCGACACUAAACAAGGGUACACGCAGUUCGGUGGUCUUCGUCCCUUUGGCGUCUCUUUUCUCUUUGCAGGAUGGGACAAGAACUAUGGUUUCCAGCUAUAUAUGAGUGACCCGAGUGGGAACUAUGGUGUAAAUUUUUUGCCAUACCACCUACAUAAAGAGGGAUUGAUUUCGUCAAAGCUUUUGACCUGGAUGGAGUGUAAUAAAGUUCACCCCGAAGCAAGCAUGUUAACUUAUUCAGAGUUUCCUUCAAAGUGGAUAUGGGAUUCCAAAAGACAUCGUUGGAGACCUAAGUCUCAUGGUUCACCAAGUUGUGGUUUAAUGUAUUAUCCAGAAACAUUAGAAGAGAUCACUAGCUGCUCAGAUAACAACCAUUACAGCCGUGCUUUCGUCUCUGAGGGUUUAUAA